AUGGCAGAGACGAAUAACAGGACAGAUGCUUGUGAGGGGACCAGGACUCUUCUGGUGACUGAGGAUGUGGAUUCUUGUGGACCCAGGAGGGAUGGUACGGAUUCUUGUGGGCCCAGAUUUGAGAGUACGGAUUCUUGUGAUGGUAGGCCGCCGCUGCCCAGUGAGCUACCGUCGCCUCAUCAACACUUUGAAAGAAGACUAGCCUCUUUUGAGGCGUGGCCGAUGCAGAUGAAUCAGACUGCUGAAGAGAUGGCUCAUGCGGACUUCGAGUACACGCUGAGUACUGAUAGCGUUUGCUGUUUCCAGUACGGCGUGCGGCUGAGAAGAUGGGCGCCCCUCGAUGAUCCUUGGGUGGAACACCUCAAGUGGUCCCCUCAAUGUACCUAUCUCAAGAUGACCGGGGUGGCAAGUCACAAGAAGGACAUGGCAGCUACUUUUUUUCUGGCACUAUGUGUGCGAGAAUGCGAAUCAGUGCAACGCGAAUGA